AUGUUCUCAACUCUUGGGUUUAAUCAGGAAGAUGUUACUAACUCACAUUCGUUUUUCAGAUUAGUUAGGCAAAAGAAAUAUCAUGAAAUAUCAGAUAGUCUCUACCAGAGUGUGGUGAAUCAACUUGAGAGUAAAGAUAGAGUGACAAUCUCAAGAGUUGUUACCCUCAUUGAGUCCUUAAACCUUGAGCAUAGAAGGAGAGCUGAUAAAAUAUUUGAAAUCCUGUUUAAGAGGUACAAAGAAAAGAACUUGAACCACUCUCUUGACCAAGAUCUGCCUACUUUUAGAAUUGGAAUCUGUGGAGCGCCAGGUUCAGGUAAAUCAUCUCUGAUUGAGAAAAUCGGAAUGUCACUUAUCAACGAGGGUAUGAAGGUAGCUGUCCUAGCCAUUGAUCCAUCCAGUGCUAAGACUGGAGGAUCAAUUCUGGGUGAUAAGACCAGGAUGGAAUAUUUAUCCCGAGAGGUCAAUGCAUUUGUCAGGCCAUCACCUACAAAGGGUUAUCUAGGUGGAGUAUCCCUGAACACAAAUGAAAUUGUCACACUUUGAGAGCACGUUGGAUUCGAUGCUGUCCUCAUUGAAACUGUUGGAGUCGGUCAAUCAGAAAUUGAGAUCGAUACAGUAUCAGACUUUGUAGUGUAUGUCGUUCCACCAGCAAGCGGUGAUGAACUUCAAGCCUCUAAAAAGGGAGUCAUGGAAAUUGCUGACUGAGUAGUCAUUAAUAAGUUCGAUUCAGAAUACGAAAAAUCUUGUAGAGUUGUAAAGCACCAAAUAUUGGGAGGUCUUCAUCUCUCAAGACCAAAAGUUGAUGGUUGGAGAGUCCCAGUCGAACUUGUCAGCGCACACAGAGAAUACAACAUUGAUUCUAUUUGGAGAAAUGCGAUGAGAUUUAAAGAAAACCAUAAGGAUAUUAUUACACAAAAGAGAGGUGAACAGCUUUUACAUGGACUCUGGGCCUACAUGGGAGACAUGCUGCUUAAAAGACUGAAAUCAGAAUCAGGUCAUAUAUAUGCAGAUAUAAUUGCUCAGAACGAGAAGAGAUUGAUCAAGCAGGAGAUAACUCCAAAUGCUGCAGCAUCUAACAUCAUGAGCCAUAUCUUUAAAGAUUAG